AUCCACAUCCCGAACAGCGUCUUGGCUGGCAACUUGUCUUUGACCGGAACAGUCUACUCCAAAGAGCUACUUCAGAAACCCAUGAUGGCCGCCACCUCCACCAAGAUGCAAAUGCUAGUCUCCGUGCUCCUGCUGCUCGUGUCCCUCUGCAGCUGGAGCCACGGGGUGCCCAGCAAGCGAUCCAGCAGGCUGUGCGGCGACAAGCUGUCCGAAGCCAUGGACAUGAUGUGCCCCAAUGGGUUCAAUGCCCGAAUUCCCCACAAGCGCGGCUUACUGGAUCUGUUCGAUUACGUGGACCACAUGUCCGAGCCGGCACUGGAUGAUGCGGACACCGCUGAUGAUGCGGCGGCCGUGGGUGCGGUCCUGCCCGAGGGUGUUCGGCUCCCCUGGCGGCACAACUCCCUAAUGUCUACCAGGCGCCAAAUGCGCGGAAUUGUGAACGAAUGUUGUGCCAAGUCGUGCACCAUCUAUGAGAUCAAGGCCUACUGCAAGUGAGGGGCACACACGGAACACAGCACCAGCACCAGCACCGGAACCAGCACCAGCACCCACUGAAACCUGCACCAAUUGAGAACUGAUACAACUCCCACCCGCCCAACUAGAAGCUAAACAAAUUGUUACGAUAUUUGAUAUAUGUACGUGUAGAUAGAGAGAGACUCAAAUGAAUAUAUUAUGAUGCUCUCAGGAGCUGUUGCAAGAAAAA